AUGGACGUCCGGAGGUUGGAUGUUGCAAACUGGCUCACUGUCGACAAGAACUACAUGGAUGAGCAUGUGGUCAGGAGCCAAUUAUUGCAAAAAGAGAAGAAGAAAGUCCUCCAAUGUCUCCCUGAGUCGUAUGACGCAUGCUUGGAGGCACUAGAAGAGGUGGUUGAGUUCCUGUGCCAGCGGUUCUCGAACGUGUUUGAGCAGAAGAAAAAUGGCGAGGAGACGGUUAUCCACAACAAGAUGACCGGGGAGACAUUCAAAUUCGGAGGAGAAAACAAGGACGUGGAUCCACUCGAAGUUGCCGUGAGAUUGACAAUGGAAGACCUGAGCAUCUUGAUGAAGAACGAGGAUGACGAGUACUAUCUGGCCGCCAGCGCAAGCCUUUUCCCAGUUGGAUGGACGGUACAGGAGCGCAUUGGAUGGACGAUCUCUAAGCUCCACAACCCGGUACCUCUGUGGCACCAGCAGGUUGCGAAUUCAGUCAGCAAGUUCCUAGUCCGCCUGACCCCAGAGUCGCCCAUGGAAAGAUCCAACUAUUUCGUGGAGGUGAAGCGACCCGAUGAAGAUCUAUUCGAGGUCCUGUAUCGCCCGACCUCACUGUCGGAAGACAACCCAGACCCAGCGCCGCAGGACAUCGUCAUCCGUCGUGAAAGGCAGACCUUCCGUCGACUGCCUCGCACGGGGACGAUUGUGUUUGGAGUGAAGACCACCCUGACCACACUGGACGAGUUGCCGAUGCAGGAACUGCAAAACCUGGCGAAGGAAAUCAAGAGCUGGCCCGAGUAUGUUGGCGAGUAUAAAGGACGAGAAGUCUGGGGGGCCAAGGCGCUGGAGUUCUGCGAGAAGAGGAGUCGGUUGUACGAACAGGAGAAGGAGAAGAUGAGUGAAGUGUGA